AUGAUGACUGGCCGUGUGCUGCUGGUGUGUGCCCUCUGCGUGCUGUGGUGUUGUGUUGUGGUGCCAGCGGCUUAUGGCCUUGUCAGUGACAGAGGUGUUGUGGAGGAGGAUAUGGUCUUAACUUGGUAUCCUGAGGCUGAGGUGGAUUGCGAGGAAAAAAAUACGAAGGAAGGAAUGUUGGAUGUGUUGGGGUUUAAGAUGUGUAUGCAUGAAUCGAUGAAGGAGAUUUGUGGCAAUGGCGAUGAGACGCCGAGUAAAUGUCGGGGCCCUAAAGCUGAGGAGAUUUGCAAGAAGUACGCUGGCGAUCCAAAUAAGGCCGUCGAUUCCUCAACACAGCUACCCGAAGCGUUGCCUGAUGCGGAAAAACAGGUGGCAGCAGCAACUCCAGAAACACCGAAGGGCGGUGCAGCAGAAAUGGGAUCAACACCGGAGCCCCAGCGGGUGAUUCACCAGCAAAUCCAACGGAAGGGCCGGAAUCAACCUCAGCUUCCACCGAUACUUCAAAUAACGAGGCUCAAAAAGGCGGUGAAGUGGCGAUGCCGAGGAAUGCACCGGAAUCCGAUUAUGCAGGGAAAGAAGAAGGAGAAGAAGGUGAAGAGAAGCACAGUAAUACGAAAGACACCAGCCAAAGCCGAGAGAAUGAAAAACAUCACAACGACUGCCGAGCCCUGGCUCAGCCGGCCACCUCAACGUGGUGCCAGGGUCUAG